CGAACGAUCAUGUCAAAUGUCAACUAUGUAAAUUGUAAACGAUAAACGUCACUGAAAUUGGUAAAUUGCAAAAUCGAGCGUUUUGGUUAAUUUUUACUUUCGACUUCGAGUGUAAAUUUUUAAUAUAAAUUUUUAACAUAAAAGAUAAUUUAAUCAAUACAUCAUGGAAACAGAACCAGAGGUUAUUAAAGAAACGAUUAACACUCAACCAAUGUUACAAGAUCCACUGUACAUAACCUUACUAAGUGUGGUCAUUCUUUUGGUUACUUUGCUAAUUUGGUGGCUGUUGUCGACACGUCGGCAUUUGCGUCGGUCUGUGCUACUUACCGGGCUCUCAGAUGCCGGUAAAACGUCUCUUUUUGUUAGACUUUGUUACUCGGAAUUCAGGGAAACAUUCACAUCUAUGAAAGAAAACAUUGAAGAUUAUAUUACGUCCAAUAAUAAAACAUUGAGGAUUGUGGAUUUACCAGGUCAAGAACGACUAAGAAACAAGUUCUUUGAUCAGUACAAACAUAGUGCUAAGGCUCUGGUCUAUGUUGUGGACUCUGUUACUAUUCAAAAGGAGAUUAGAGAUGUAGCUGAAUACUUGUACACAAUUCUUGUGGAUCCAGUGAUUCUGAGCAACUGCCCCCCUCUGCUCAUUCUGUGCAACAAGCAGGACCUGCCGAUGGCUAAAGGUGGUCAACUCAUUAAGAGCCUACUUGAAAAGGAAAUAAACCUAGUUCGUGUUACUAAGUCAAGUCAGUUGGAGUCUGUAGAUCCGUCACAGUCAAACAAAGUCACAUAUCUCGGGAAGCUUGGAAAAGACUUUGAAUUCUCACACCUUGGCUGCAAAGUGGAAGUUCUGGAGAGUUCCAUAGACUCUGGAGAUGAUGAUAGACCCACUGAAAUGAAAGGGCUGCAGGACUGGAUUUCCAAACUAUAAAAGAAGAAGAAAAAUAGGGGAAGGAAUAAUUCCAAUCUCUUUCAUAUGUUCUCAUUUUUCUAUAUAAAUGCUUGAAGACUUAAUAUGCGAUUGAGUGAUUUUUAAGACUUUAUUGUUAAAUAUAAUAAUGCAUUUGAUCCUAUUUUUAUAAGGAAUAUUUUAUAAUAAAAAUGUUAAAAAUGUUA